UGAUCAGAGUGAUAUAAUAUUUCUCUCUCACAAGGAAAAAGAACACCACCUUGAGUGGCUUCUUAUUUAUGUGGAUCUCAUCUGCUUUUCUUUCAGCUUCAGCACAAAAACCCUGCACUGCCCUCCACUAAGAGCCAGGCUGGAGACAGAUGCUGAGAACAGGAAGGCUGUGCGAGGAUUCCCCUGGCCUCGUCCUUGCUUCUAACCGGUGCUGGUACCAGGUGCCCGGUCCCGGGAGCCGUGACCAUGGAGGCUCUCCCCAAGGACCUGGAGGUCAACGAGAAGUCUCCAGAAUCCAAGGACCUGCUGCCCAGCCAGACCGCCAGCUCCCUGUGCAUCAGCUCCAGAAGUGAGUCUGUCUGGACCACCACCCCCCGGAGUAACUGGGAAAUCUACCGCAAGCCCAUCGUCAUCAUGUCCGUGGGCGGUGCAAUCCUCCUGUUUGGUGUGGUCAUCACCUGCUUGGCCUACACCCUGAACCUGGGUGACAAGAGCCUCAAGGUCCUUAAGAUGAUAGGGCCCGCCUUCCUGUCUCUGGGACUCAUGAUGCUGGUAUGCGGGCUGGUGUGGGUGCCCAUCAUCAAAAAGAAACAGAAGCAGAGACAGAAGUCAGUUUUCUUCCAGAGCCUCAAGUCCUUCUUCCUGAAUCGCUGAUAACGGUCUCGCCCUCUGUCCUCCCCACCACCCUGCCACCUCGACCAGGAGAAGAUGUGAUAACCAAUAUCCAACAUCCCCGGCCCCUUGAGAGGUGGAGUCUUCCGUAAAACUGAUGCAGGCAAACCCUCUCCUGGGCCCCGUGGAAAAGAGCGAGCCGGGGCUGCGCCCUCCGUGCAGCUGGGAGGUACCGCGGGAUGAUCUCAUUUAGUCUCUCUGUUAUCACUGAUGUUCCCUCAGAUCCUGGCCGUGGCCAUCGCCUUUCAUGGCUCUCAUCCCAGCCUAUGCAUCCAGGUGUCACUCAUCUAACGCUCUCUGCCAAGUGCUGUGCAUGUUGGGAAAUUCCUUGAGGUGGGCCAUGCCCCAAGAAGAACCUCCUGUUUACAUAUCUGAGGGCCUGAACUGGAUUCUGCAUUUGCUUCCUUCUAGAACCCAAGCUGACCAACGGAGGUCCUUCGCAGAGGGAAGGGAAGUUCUGACCAUUGGGUCUGCCCACCCCAGAUCUCUCUGUGGGCAAGAUGCUGGCUUGCAUUUCAAGAGAUCGGACAAGUCACAAGUAUCAAACAUUCCAAAGAGUGAGCAGUGAAAGGUGGCCGGGGAAGGACUUUCCAGGAAGGCACAUUUCCCCUAGAAAUGGCCCUGGGAGUCAGCCAGUGAAGAAAUUUAACCCUUAGUUGUAUAGAAUUUAUACCAGAGGCAGUGGGGUGCGCUAGCAGGUGUCACAGACUCCCCUGACCUUCUAACUCCUUCUCCGUGACUACUCUUCCCUCUGAACUUGACACUUAGACAAGGACAAGCGUGUGUUGCCCUAACUCCCUCUUUCCCCCACCCCAUGACUCUAGAACAGCCAGGUGGAGAAGGAUGCUGUAAGAUUUUUCUCUCCUUCCCCCCCCCGUCAAGAAUCAAAACCAAGAAGCUUGAAUUCCACAUCUGAGUGUCUGUAGGUUUCCAGCGAUGGAAUUUUCUUUAGAAAAUCCCAACUUCUGCUCUCCCUGCCCCCACUCACCAACAUGCGUUUAAACCUUCAGUGAGGGCCCUGCUCUGGGCCAGGCCCCGGGGCGAGAGCAAGACAGACGGUUCCUGGGCUCAUCUUCUGUAUAAAGUGAGAGACAGCCAGAGCACCAGGCGGCCAGAACACCCCGGGAUGAGUACUUUCUGGGGAAACGAGGAUGGGGGCAGGAACGCGGAGGGGACAUCUGUCCCAGCCCUGGGAGAGGACGGAGGGCGUGCUGGAGGCUGUGCCAUCCACACAGAACCAAAGGGAAGAGGAGAGCUGGCGACGAGGGCAAAGAAAGGCACUCUAGGCGGGAAUGGUGUGUGCAGAGCUGGGGUGGGAGGGGAGCGGGAUACAGUUAGGAAACAGCAUGGCAAGCUCCCUAACCUCGCGAAUGGUCACCUGAGCCCCUGUCUCGGCCUGCCUCCCCCUGCUUCCCCAAGUGCCUUAGUGCGGCUUCUCGGGGCUCAUCGAGGGGCCUCCUGGGUCUGUGGCAAAGACUACAGACCUCCUGGGUCUGUGGGAGAUUCCAGGGGCCCACCACGCAGAGAGCACCCGUAUGGUUAAGUGCUCCCCAAAUCUGGGCUUUCCUGCGGCAUCCGGAGGCCCUUAGGUGACAGACCAGGAGGGUACCUGCAAGAAAGCCACGCUGCCCUAGGUCUGAGGCCCAGCGGACAGCAUCUGAUAAUGAGGGGAAGGUUUCCUCGGCCUUCUGCCCGUGAGCCCAUCCCAUCACUAUGUCACCAUGACAACCUUUCUCUCUUUCCCUCCUUCUCCACCCCCCCCCACCCCGCCGUCUCUCUUUCUCUCUCUCUCUCCAUCAGGCCUCCCGGUAUCUCCAUCCUUCAUGGUGGUUCCAUAUGCAAAGUCAGAACCCCACCUUGUUCCCUCUGCAUCAUGGGAAACUCCAUGGAGGCAGGUACCCAUGACAUGGGGACACCCCCCUGCCCCACCAACCUAAGGAGCCAGAGUUUGGGGAGCUUCACCCAGAAUGACCGUGUCUCUCAUUCAGACAGCGUGGCCAGGUCCUCUAGCCCACAUGUCCCCUGCACACAGGCAGUCAGGACCAAUCAUGGGGGACGUUGCAAGUACUGUGUCACUAAUUGUGGUCCCAGUGCCUCAAGUGACCGGGCUUUCAGAGGGUUUCCAUUUCUCCGACGUGAACGCAGAUUCCACAUCAGCCCUCAAAUGUCACUCUCACAUUCCCUGAUGCUUUCUUACAUGGGAGCAAAUGGGGAGGACGCCCAGCUGGCUCACUGGGAAUCCACACUUCCAGGGUGUCAUUUCCUCUCCCCACAAGCUUAUCGAGUAGGUGCAGCUGAGGGAGGAGGGCCCAGGCUGAUGCUGUACCACGCGUGUCCUGGCGGAGGGCAGUUUGGGGACGACACGACUCUAGAAAGUGUCCCAGGCCUGGACUCACCUUGGAGUCUCCAGCAAUCUGGCCCACAUUCCCCAUUCCUCAACCUAGUGCUCAGCAAGAAAAAUGAGGACAAAUCCCCAAAGCAUCAUUCACCCCCACCGGGAUCCCUUGUAUGAAUGCGGACCAAGGAACAUGCCAGGGCCACACUGAGGGGCUUCUGCCAAAGACCAUCGCCACACAGAAGCCCUAGGAAUGGCUGUGCCCAGAUCAGAUGCCACGUUUCUGGAAAACAGCAUCGCCACCACGACUCCUCCCAUGCCGUGGAUGGGAGGUCAGGACCAGCAUCGUGCGUUCGGCUACUGGAUUGUAUUAUCCCACCCAUGGCUGUUCUGUUUGGAAGGGUUCCAUUUAAUCUGAGUGCUAAAAGAACUGCUGGGAUGUUGAAUUGUAUCCUGUCUGACAGUGUCUGCUGUGUUUUCAUUCUGUUUCAUCAGGAAUUCCAGGCUCUACCACUGAGUCAUUCCUCUAAAAUGCCUCCCAGCCCCAGCCCCAUCACCACGCGCCCUUCCUCGAAACGUGCUGUCUGGGAGAAAGGGUUUCCCAGACAUGUGUGGGUUGCAUGCCUGGUCCCUUGGGUGCCUCACAGGAGCCGAAGGCCCCACUCUGAGAUGCUGACGGGGCACACAGAGCAGGAGCUCCUGACUCUUUCGCUCCCUACAAGCUCAGCACUGGGAGAUGGAAAAAGAACCUUCCUGGAUGAAUCAGUGGUCCAGGGUGAGGCAGGCAGGUACCCCAGGGUCAGCCUGCCAAUGUGCCCAGGAACCCAAGAGAACAAGCCCAAGAAGGGAUGGCAGUCCAGCCCCCAGGACCUCCAUGGCCCGCCCCUUCCUUCUAAGCCCUUCUUCCUUCCCCUGGCCCAGCGUCUUCUGCUCCUCUAGGUCUGUAAUCCCGACCCUCUCCGACUUGGCUCCCACCAGACUCCCCGUGUCCUUGACUUUCUGCUUGCUCUAUCCUCAGAGAAAAAGAAAGCAUCGCUCUGGGUCUGGACAAGCCAGCUGCAUUUCAGUCCUCCUCAGAUUCCUGCAGCAUUGCAGAGUCACGACACCCCGCUCCCUCCUGCCCCCACACCCAUCACUUCGUCACCAUCUCCAGCCCUUAGAGAUCAGAGCUCCCCGGAAAACUAAAACUCACAGCCCCAAAUGUGUCUGAUACUAAAUGGUGCAAGGGAAUCGCCUGGGCACGUGCCCGGUGAAGCUUCUGGGCAACACCAACCUGAUGCCUUAACUCACUCAAUCCUUUCCAAAAGCCUGCUGGAGGCACUGUUGUUAUCAUCCUCCCCGUUUUACAGAUGAAAUAAGUGAGACACGGGGACACUGAGCUAGGACAUCAAGCCACGAUGAAAAUCCAGGUGAGCUGGCUCCAGGGGCCACACACAUGACCCCCACCCGAUUCACUCUUCGGAGGUGCUGAGGGGCAGCAGAAGGCACCAGGGUCGCCGUGCUGGGCUCCGGGCUGCAAGGCGGGGACAGCAGGAGUGGAGCUUGGGUCAGUAGACAGGCCAGGGGUGGGAGCACAAAACAAGUACGGACCCAGAAUGCCAGUGGGGAAAGCGGCCAGGAGCCAGGAAGGCAGGCAGGAAAGAAGCCGGCAUUCUGAGCCCCUCCUAGGUGCCUGGCCUUCGCAUAGUGAGCGUUCAGAGGCAGGAGUAGGGGUCUCGCCCGGCACGGGGUAGCUUUGUCGGAGCAGGUGGCCUUGGUAGAGCGAGCCUUCAGCCCACAGGCCAGGCUCCUCUGCUGACCAGCAGGAGGAUUUGGAACCAGCUGCCACUGGACUGAACUGACCUUGAGAAUGAAGCGUAGCCAAGGAUAGCAAAGCAGAAAGUGAGAAGACCCUGCAACACUGAUGACAGCCGGGGAGCUACCGGACUGCCCCGCACCAUCUCUUACAGGACACACAAAUAACAUCUUAUUAAGUCACUAUUUUUUAGGCCCGCUACUUGCAGCCAAAUAAAGUUCUUAUCUACACAAGUGACAAGUCUGGGGAAAGAGUUCUUUUCUUCUUCUAAGCCCGAACACUAUUUGAUGAGAUCAGAACUGAUAUAUUUAGAACAAAGACCACAUCAGUGCAGUGUAUUUGUCCUCCAAAUCCUUCCAAAGAUUCUCUACGUCUCUAAGGAGAGAGGAAAGGGAGGGGUAAAGCAAGAGCGGGAUGACCACGAUGAUGCCAGACAGGGACCUCCCUCAGACUGGGCAUUGGGGUAGUGGGCGGGGAAAGAGUGGGGUUCAUACAGGGCACCCGUCAGGCUCUGUGACCUGUCAGGCUGUCCCACCUACUCUAAGAGCUGAGGCAAGGGUGGGUAGGAGACGCAGGAAAGGACUGAUUCCAUAAAACUAGAACCACUCACGGGAGGAGACACCUAGACACUCAGUUCUCUUUCUCC